GGCCAGAGGGAGGCCGCCGGCCUCCGGGAAGGGCGGAAGUGACGUCGGAAGGCCGCAGGACGACGGCGGCGGCGCCGGGCGCGCAUGCGCACGGCCGUUCGAUGGAGGCCCUGCAGCAGCAGCAGCUGCGGAACCUCCGGGAUUUCCUGUUGGUCUACAACCGGCUGACGGAGCUGUGCUUCGAGCGCUGUGUGCCCAGCCUGCACUACCGUGCUCUGGCCCCUGAUGAGGAAGCCUGCCUGGACAGCUGCGCGGGGAAGUUCGUCCGCUCCAACCACCGCCUCAUGGCCGCCUACAUGCAGCUGAUGCCCACCCUGGUGCAGCGGCGGGUCGCCGACCUGGAGGCCGGCGCUGCCGCGGCCGGGGUCGAGCCCGCCGCCCCGCCCGGCCCCGAGAGCGGCGAGGUGCCCAGCCCCCAGCUGGAGCCCAAGGACGUCCCGGCCGGCCAGCGCAGUCUGUCAGACCCCACCGGCUAGGGCUCCGGCCUGCUUUUCCUUCCCGGACUGCUGGGCCGCAAGCACUCUGAGCCAUCCACGCUCUCCGUUCCCUCCCCCGGCGGCUCCCGGGAGGGCGGCACAGGUCGGAGUCGUAUACGGAGGGCGGGGCGGGUGCAAAGGAGAUCUAGGACAGAGCAACAUCUGAGGGGGUCGUCGGGAUGGAACAGCAGUUACGGACUGGAGACGGUUGCCCUUGCCAGGGAGCGGUGCCCGCGGGGUGGAGCAGCGGGUCUGGGACCCGGACAGCUAGCUGCCAGGCACCGGGAAGACGCUGGACUCCCACCGGGGGAACCCUCCGGACCUGCUCCCUCUCUGCUUCCCCCAUCCAGCCUGGAUCCUCUCGAGGGCUGGUCACCCCGGCCGGACCAGGACCCUGCUUAGACAGCGGGGAGGGACAGACCGCAGCCUCACCUUUCCCGUCGCCAAUAAAUUAGUUUCCGUCCGGCU